AAGAGCGAACGGAUAAAAUCUCUCUCAAUAUUGACCAUUGUCCUCCUGUUGUUUUGGUCCCAAAUUGUUUCUUCCCUUCCUUCCAGUAUAUUUUGCCACUAUCACUCUCAAGCGGAGGAAGUCCGGCACCUUUCGGCUCCCAAUUUCGCCGGAGGCGGCAAGGCAGCGUCCCGGCGAUCCCCGUGGACCGGCCCACCCAUGGGCCGGCGGUCGCAGUCGUCGUCGUCGUCGUCCAGGGCGUGGCGCCAUCUGAGCCCGUGGUACUACCUCAAGCGGCCGACGCGCCUCGCCCUCCUCAUCGUCGGCUUCGUCGCCGCCACUUUCGCCUCCUGGAACCGCCUCUCCCUCGUCCGCGACUACGAGGCUGAGAUAUCCCGGUUGGAUGAGGAGGUAAAUCGGUUGUAUGACCAGUUAAGAAUGGCGGGAAUCUAUCUGGAUGAAAAUCCAAAUAUUGAAAACAUCAUCAAGAAACAUCAUCUAGAAGUUGACCCUGUCAAUAAUGCGAGGAGAGAAAAGGUUAAGGAAGCUAUGCUUCACGCUUGGAACUCAUAUGUAAAGUAUGCGUGGGGACAGGAUGAGCUCCAGCCGCAAUCAAAGAAUGGUGUCAAUACUUUUGGUGGUCUUGGAGCUACUCUUGUGGACUCACUUGAUACAUUAUAUAUAAUGGGAUUGAAAGAGGAAUUCAAGAAGGCUAGAGACUGGGUUGCUGAAUCAUUAGAAUUCGACAAGGAUUACGAAGCAAGUGUGUUUGAAACAACAAUAAGAGUUGUUGGAGGUCUCCUCAGUGCGUAUGAUUUGUCAGCUGAUAAAAUAUUUCUUGAGAAGGCAAGAGACAUCACUGAUCGACUGUUACCUGCCUGGGAUACAUCAUCUGGUAUCCCAUACAAUAGAAUCAACCUAGCUGAAGGCAAAGCUAGUAAUCCAGGAUGGAAUGGUGGCAACAGUAUACUUGCAGAUUCAGGCACAGAACAACUUGAAUUUAUAGCCUUAUCUCAGAGGACUGGAGAUCAAAAGUAUCAGCAAAAGGUGGAGAAUGUAAUCAGGCAAUUUCAGAAAAUAUUCCCCAGUGAUGGCUUGCUUCCUAUUAAUAUAAAUCCUCAUUCAGGGGCUGUGAAAUCGUACUCAAAGAUCACAUUUGGUGCUAUGGGGGAUAGUUUUUAUGAAUACUUGCUCAAGGUCUGGAUACAGGGUAACAAAACUGAAAGUGUCAAACAUUACAGGCAAAUGUGGGAAACAUCAAUGGAAGGCCUGUUAGGUUUGACAAGGAAAACUUCUUCUAACUUCUACUAUGUGUGUGAGAAGAAUGGUGAUUCAUUAUCUGAGAAGAUGGAUGAACUUGCAUGCUUUGUGCCUGGUAUGCUGGCAUUGGGAGCAUCAGGCUAUAGCCCGGAAAAAGCAGAGAAAAUUAUGAAUCUUGCAGAAGAGCUUGCAUGGACCUGUUAUAACUUCUACCAAUCAACUCCAACAAAAUUGGCUGGAGAAAACUAUUAUUUCCAUGGCGGACAGGACAUGGUCGUGGGCACAUCAUGGAACAUCCUUAGACCAGAGACUAUUGAGUCACUCAUGUAUUUGUGGCGCCUAACUGGGAAUAAAACAUACCAAGAUUGGGGCUGGGACAUAUUCCAAGCAUUUGAGAAGAACUCCCGUAUAGAAUCUGGAUAUGUUGGUCUGAAAGAUGUGAAUACUGGUACAAAAGAUGACAUGAUGCAGAGCUUCUUCCUGGCAGAGACACUCAAGUAUCUGUACUUGCUGUUCUCCCCGCCAUCUUUUAUCUCCUUCGAUGAGUGGGUCUUCAACACUGAAGCCCACCCACUGAAAAUAGUCACAAGACAUGGCAAUGAGGGCAGUUCGGGUGAUGCAGAAGUGCAAAGUACAGGGCUUUUGCUCAUGCCAUCUGAUCUAUACCGGCACGACAAAGGAGAUCCGCCUUGAUGGAAGUUCAGGAUUGAAAUGGCGAAUGUCACACUUUGGCAGCAUCAGGGCACAGGUCUGGAUGAAACUAGAGGUAGAAUUUGGUGGUAUAGUUUGGAUGGUGACCUUGUGGCACAGUAAAGUACAGAAAUGCGGAGUCUCUGGUUUUUACAUUAUAGCAGAGAUUUAUUUUGCCGUAUGCUAUUUCCAUUUUCAUGUGUGUAGAAUUACAGCUAGGUCAUGCUAUAUGACCACCAACUUGGACAUGUGUACUAGCAGGAAAGCAUAUGCUCUCUGUAUUUUGUGUUAUGCCAGGACUGAUACAGAUGCAACGUUUGUAUGUCGAGAGAGAUUUUUGCUUUGGCUACC